AUGCCUAGGUGUCCUUCUUGUGAUAAGCCGGGUGGUGACAUUGAUACUUGUGAAAUACUGAACGCUGCAUAUAUUCUUGCCGGUCUCGCUAUGAUGCUUAAUAUUAGGCUUUCAUAUAGUUCUGCUCCAUAUGCACUCAUUCGAUUUAGAUUACCGGAGAAUCUCUUUAGUGUAUUUGUUAGAAGAAUGGCAAGUGCUUUGGAACUCUGGUGCCUACCCAGCAUGCUCCUGGGUAACAUAAUAGACCUAGCUCAGAAAGCUGUUUUCGAUAAUAAUACUCCCGGUUACCUUAAAGCAGAAGCUGGUGCAGGAGUAAAUGCUGCUAAUAAACUUCGAGGCCUGGCAGAUACACUAUAUAAUCAAGCCAAUGCACUACAAGGUGCAAUAACUGGUGGUAGUACUCCUCCUGGUAAAGCGGAAGCUCUGGAUCUUGCCACUGAGGUCGGUAAUGCUGAUACGGCUCCUAGUUCUGCUGGUAAACCUACUACUCUUCGGCAGGCUCUCAAUGAACUCGGUAGUGAUAAUGGUAGUGAUCCUACUAAACUACCUGGUCUCGCCAAGAAUGUUAAAGAGAAAUACGGAAAUACCUGGAGUGGUGUAAAAUCCAAGUUCUAUGCAGUUAAGGUACAAAAUGAUAAAGGCUCAUAUACCGGUCAACAAGAACAAUAUACACCAGUUGUAACCGCAUGGAAUGCUUUUGAUAAACUAUACCAUGAUACGAUAUCUACUGACAAGUUCAACAUCACUGUUGUUCCCUCAAUUAUCAGUCAGUGGUUAAAUUUUCUCACCUAUGUAAUUUUAUUGGUUGUAUAUGUGAUGGGUGGUGAUUCUGGUCGUUUAACUAUAUUUUAUUGGGUGAUUGCAAUUUCUGGAGUCGUGUUUGGUAUCAACAUGACUUUGGUGUAUGCCGUAGAUUGGCAAUAUAUCACUGUCUAUAUUGCUGGUGAAAAUUGUUUUCCUAUCCUCACAUCAUUCAUUCACUACAUUACAACACUAAUGUUUGGUAAUCGAAGGAGGUGGAAUUCCGACUUCAUCGUAGUCUGUGUGGAUAUAGUGGUAGCAAUCAUAAUCUCAUUUGCAGCAGCUGUUAUGUGGACACUAGGAUAUGCAGUAUUUCGUGAAGGUCCUACUAGUGGAACUUAUAGUUAUGGACACAUACAUGCAUUUGGAUUCACUCCUGGAAUUGAAGAGCAUGUGGUAUCACCAUUCCUUAUGAUAGUUGUUGGUAUGGGUCUUGUGUAUGCUAUAUAUCCUGGCAUUGCUCCGGGCAUGAUUGUACCAUUCUACCUCAUUGAUAAAAUUGAAAUGGUACUCCUGGUAGCUACCAUAUUUCCACCAAUGAUAGUGGUUAUACUCCAAAAAGUAGCAAAAUCGCAUUCUCCCAAAGCUUAUGGCGGUUGGAAAGACAAUCUUCAAUUCUGGCACAUCGUUGAUGUGUUGAUCGUUAUUAAAAUCACUCUAGCUACAAUAUUCAUUUACUCACUUCAUUAUAAAGAAUCUUCACUAUCCCGUUCAAUCAUCAAUCAACCCAAAAUGUCAACUUUUCUAUCAAUUACAUUCUAUAUGUGUCAUGAAUUCCUGUUAGCCAUAGGAUUCGCCGGCCAAAUCAGUAAUGGAGCAGAAUAUGUGUUGAUACCACAAUACAUAGGAGCGUUAUUUAUGAUAUUUUUGGCCUUUUAUUCUGAGGGAUACAUUAUAGAAUAUAAAAGUCAUGAUCCUGCUCAUUGGCCUACAACGGCAAUGUGGUAUGUGUUUGGUGUUAUUUGUAGAUUAUCUCAUCGGGUGGUUCAUUUUCCCCUUAAUGGUUUUUAUUAUAAUAAAGCUUAA